AUGUUUCACUGGGUGAUGGUGGCCGUUGGCCUAGUUGCCAUGAACGCCCCUACUGCGCAAAGCUGUUCCACGAGUGAUCCAAUGAGUAUAUCCCUGCCAGUGAGGUUCCCCUUGAACCUGUCUAGAGUGGCCGCGUCAGUUGUCGCAAUCGAGUCUGGCCAGACAACGGUGUCUUUCGAAUGUCAUCCCAGCGUGAAAACAGAGGUCUGCAAUCCUCACAUGGAUCGCCGCAUCACGUUGGGUCCUCUGGUACCGAAUGAACCCAGUACUCGCGAGGUAGCUAUCUAUAGAGGUGGAUGGGUAACAUGGCGUGAGAACCGAUGGUGCCCGCUCGAUUCAGAAGUGACUUGCGCCGAGUAUUUGACCACUGGGUCAACUGCAGCGCAGUCCCUCAUCUCACCCAUCUCAACGCAGGAGGGAGACCUUGAGUUGCGAGGACCGGCCGCAAGCUCAGCAGAGGCACAAACAACAACAUCUGGGGCAUCCUCCACCUCCUCUCUAGACGCUUCCCCAACAUCUCCGCGACCUACCACAAGCGCCGAAACAACAGAUCCCAGGAUGUCUAUUUUGCUGGCGACGGGGAGUCCAGUCAUCCGAACACUGGCGUCGACGACAUCGGGUUCGGGGAACACCGCCGGACUGUUACGGGAAGGACAUGGUCUUGGGUUCGCUGUGGUUGCUGCUGGCCUGGUUGGCGCAGCCUUGAUUCUCUAG